UUCGGCGCCGCCAAACACUUCCCGCAGAACUCGUGCUAUUGUCUGCGCAAAGACGUCAACGACUGCGACAAAGACGGCCUUCUCGAGCUCUCGCACUGUUUGCGACAGACGGGCGGCGCUCCCGUCGUGCUCUCGUGGCCGUACUUUAUGGACGCCGACCGCCGCCUCCGCGACGACAACAUGCGGCUUCGGGGGGCGCUUCCCCUCACGUUCGACAAUUACGGCACUUUCCUCGACAUCGAACCGACGACGGGCGCGCCGCUGAAUGCCGUGAAGCGAAUGCAACUCAAUGUCCGCAUCGGACACUCGGAGGCCAUAAAACAACUGAACGCCACGCGCAAGGGAAAGGACUUCUUGGUGCCCGUGCUUUGGGUCGAACAGUCGGGCGCUUUAGACGACAAGUUCGCGGAAAUGUUUAAAUCGCAACUCAUAAACACGAAGCGCGCGGUGACCGCAGUUUCCGUCGGCCUAAUCGUCGUCGGCGUUCUCGCGCUCGUAAUCGCCGUCUAUUUGGUCUUC